AUGCGCAAGCCUUGGAGAUUCUACAGCCUCAGCCGCCCGAAAUUGAGGCAAUCAUGGAACAAAUUCAACCUGUAUAACAUAGCUCGCGCGGCUGGUCGAGAGCCCCUUGUCAACGGUCGAGCGACUUUUUUCCAGCAGAAAUGGGCCGCUAAGGCGAAAACCCGCGGUUAUCACGGCGAGCAUAUUUCAGAGAAGAAAUGGGUGCGCCUGUUUUCGCGACGUCUCCUCUCCGCUGUCGACCUUCCCCCCGAGUACCUUGCCGCAAACGAUGGAUCCGAGCAGGCGGCUGGUCGUGGUUCCGGUCUGUCUACUUCUAAGGUGACGGCCGAGACCUAUUCGCGGGUCCCGAAGCCCAGCAAGAGCGAGCGUAACUUGACCCAUCCCGGCCAGCGAAAAUCCGGGUUCGGCGAUGUCAAUUCGAUGUUGUCUGAACACUUCCAGGACAUGACCCCCUACAUGCAAAUGACCUUUGCCCCUCUGGAACGAAGACUCGAUACUGCUGUUUUCCGAGCCUUGUUCGCCAGUAGUGUGCGACAGGCCCGCCAGUUCGUCAUUCACGGAGCUGUCAAGGUCAAUGGCAAGAAGAUGGUCCACCCAUCCUACGCCCUGAACCCCGGUGACAUGUUCCAGGUUGACGUCGAGAAGGUUCUAUACGGAACUGGAGAGCAAAGGCCACAGAAGGCGGAUGCACCACUUAGGCAGAGCAUCAAGUCUCGGAAGAAGCUGGACGAUGAUGCUGUUCAGCGAAUUCGAAGCAAGAAGGCCGGCGCCAAGGCAACUGAGGGAGAGGGUGAAGCUGCCGAUGCGGUGGAGCUCAGCGCCGAGGACGAGAUUUACCUUCAGACUGGCCGUCUCAGGCGCCUCCGAAGGAGCGCACGUGAGAUUCUCCAGGGUGACCUAAGGAACUUAUCGGCCAAGCAGAAGAAGGAGCUUCGCUUGUUCCGCGGCUCUGCUCAGCGUUUCCUUUCGCUCCCUGAAGAGGGCAAGCUGAAUGCUGACGACCUCGUUAGCCAGCUGCAGGAUCAGAUCGGGAAACUGCAGAUUGUGCCUGCGUUCAAAAAGGCCGACCCUGUUCAGGAGACUGAGGACGGCGAGCCGAAAGAGGAAACUGCCGAAGAGAAGGAGAAGCGAGAGGAGCGGACGCAGAAGAAGAAAGAGUUCCAGAUGCGUGUGUUGGAGAAGGGUCUGGACGGCCUGAAGAGCGAGAAGGACCGAGCCUGGGCUCACAACAUCAUGUCGACCACCGAGUUCUCCAACGAGGAGAUCCGCCGUCUCGCCAGAAUCCUGAAGAAUGACGAAGAGAACCCCAUUGACGAGUCGAAGCCCUACGCCACCCCCUGGCGACCCCGACCCUUCAUGUCAGCCUUCGCGUUCAUCCCCCGCUACCUCGAGGUCAACCCCAACAUCUGUGCCGCCGUCUAUCUCCGCCACCCCGUGGCCCGAAAGGGUAUGGCAGAGGUCCCCACGCCGUUCGGCUACCUGACCAACCAGCUGGCCCACAACUGGUACCUUGAGCGCGGUUGA